GAUGGCGUUUUGGAUCGCGGCGGCAGAGCGGGCGCCUCGGCGGCAGGAGGAGGCGGAGGCGGGUCGCCAGCCGAAAGCCGGGUAGUCUGAGGGGGCUGCGUGUUUCCGGAGGACGUGGCGAACGGGCUCCUGAGGCGGCUCCUGCUCUUUCUCUUCGGUUCUUUGUCCGGCUGGCGCGGCGGCUGUUACCGACAUCAUGAUUUCCCUCACGGAUACGCAGAGUGGAAAUUGGGAUGGGUCUUACAGGUUUUGGAGUAUUUUUUCUUUUCUUUGGAAUGAUCCUAUUUUUCGACAAAGCACUUUUAGCUAUUGGAAAUGUUUUAUUUGUGGCUGGCCUGGCUUUCGUAAUUGGUUUAGAAAGAACUUUCAGAUUCUUUUUCCAGAAACACAAAGUGAAAGCCACAGGUUUUUUCUUGGGCGGUGUAUUUAUAGUUCUUAUUGGCUGGCCUCUGAUAGGAAUGGUCUUUGAAAUUUAUGGCUUCUUCCUCUUAUUCAGGGGCUUUUUCCCUGUGGUGAUCGGUUUUAUUAGAAGAGUGCCAGUUCUGGGGUAUCUGUUGAAUUUACCUGGUAUAAGCUCACUUGUAGAUAAAGCUGGAGAAAGCAACAACAUGGUAUAAUGAUUGACAAAGGUCCCGAAGACUGGUUCUAAAUUUAUAUUAUUUAUAAAACCUUCAUGAAGAUUGGUCAGUCCAGCACAACGAUUUUGUUGUAUACAAAGGCAACAUUUGUAAUGGUCUUUGAAGUAAGUUUCCAAUUUACACCAUAGUAUACAGUAAACCUAUUUAAUAUAUAAAAAAAGAAAACCGGAAGCAAAUUUGCAACCUAAGACUUGGCAUUGACAUACCAGGAAUGCUGUGAACUCAACUGGCGAAAAAGUCACGGAAUGUUAGAACUCUUCAAGACUUCUUCAUAUUUUUGGAGUACAAGCUAAAUACAGCAAACUCUCCAUGGAAUUAACAGUGCCUGUCAUUUUUACCUCCUUACGUCGGAAGGUGUAAUAGAGUGAUCAUGGGUCAGUUGGUAAGGCGUGGCCCUUCUCUCUCCCUGCCUGCCAAUUUUCUUACUUCCUCCCCUUUUCUGGAAGGGGAAAAAAAAAAUAUUCUCCCGACUGUUUCUUCUAUUGAAAGCGAGACAGCUUCCUUACGCUUGAUUUACACGGCGUUUAAAAGGAAUUCUCAUUUUUAUCAGUAACAGAAGACUUCAUCACACAGUUCAGCUGUAUAAAUCUCUCUGUAAAUAGACGCUGAAAUAAAACUUUGUAGGAAAAUGU